UUUGAUUUAGUUAUUUACCUUUAACAGAUAUAAGUCUACUUUCGAUUUAUUACUUUAUAACAGAGGAAAACACAUUCCUUCAAAGAUGAACGAAGUUUAAGUUUAGUUGAUACAUCAGAAGAAGUUAUUGUGCAGUAGAACAAUAUAUAACUUUAAUGGGUGACGCACUCAGUUCAGAUAAACAAGACAGAAGGCAUACAAGAAGUAAACACUCAGGUGGUGAUGGGCGUGUAAAGCAAGAUCAUAAGAAAGCAAAACCGUACAAGAAACCAAAAGUUCAAAAGCAUUCCGAAGGAUCUGGACGACGACCCCAUAGUGGAAAAAGGAAAAUGGGAAACUUUCUUAAGCCCAAAUACAGCGAUCCAGUUUUUACACAAAAAGAAAAUAAACAUUUCGUACUAUUCUGGCAGAAAGGCUCCGUAUUCAGUCAGUGGUAUCAUUCAAUGUUUACAGUGGAGGAACUGACGUUUAACUGUGCAGAGCAAUUUAUGAUGUAUCAUAAAACACGUUUGUGUGAUGACGAAAAGUUAACAGAAAGAGUUAUGACAUCAACAGACCCGGAAGAACAAAAGGAUUUGGGUCGACAGGCAGCAAAAUUACCUAGCUUUGAUAGACCGUUGUGGAAUAGUAAAUGUGAAGAAAUUGUGAAACAGGGCAAUAUUGCAAAGUUCUCACAGAAUUCUAAACUGAAAGCCUUACUACUACAAACCGGAAAUAAAACACUAGCAGAGGCUAGUCCGUUUGAUGAGAAAUGGGGAAUCGGGUUAGCAGCAGAUAAUCCAGAUGCAUUCAACAAAGACAAAUGGCGGGGAACCAAUCUUCUGGGAACAAUUCUGAUGGACGUUAGAGAGGAACUAUAUAAUGACCAAAUUAAAUGAAUAUUCUAAAGAGAACAAAACACAUGUGAUAAUUGACUUCUUAUUUUUUUUUAAUUAAAUGUAACUCCAUUUUACUAUAUUAUAAGUUUUACCAAUAUUUUUUGACAUUUACCAACACUAACGACAAUAUUCUAAGAAUACCACGCUUUGUCUUUUUUGUUUUGUUUAAAAAAAAAUAAAAAUAACAAAAUUACCGAGCUCCGAAGAAUAUCUAAAAUAGUAUGUCCUUAAUCAUAUAUAUAAUCAAAUCUUCAAACGCAUAACACAAAGGGAAAUUACUGUCAUAUUCUUAAUUUGGUACAUGCCUUUUUAAUGUACAAAAUGGUGGAUUAAGCAUGGUUUCAUUGCUAUCUGAACCUUCAAUAGUAUGACGAUUACAAAGCAGCAGGCAUAAAAGUUAUUGAAAUCUGUGUUAUUAUAAUAUUAAUCAAAUUUGAACUCAGAUUAACUUAUAAUAAAUAUUGACUUUUUCUUUGUGCCGUUAUCAUCUCUAUGAAAAACUGAAAGUUAAUGCAACUGUAAAUAUGUGAUGAUAUUCAAGUAUGUCUUUCUAAAUUAAAAGUACAUACAGUACAUUGAUUUUAUGG